AUGCAAUUUCGAAUCAAUAAUCGAGGAACAGAAUUAAGUGAUUAUACUGAAAUUCUUAAUGAACAUGUAUCUCAACUAAAUCAAAAAACAAGAGAAAAGGGAAAAGAAAUUGAUGAACUAAAAAGACAGUUAAUAGAGAGAGAUAGAGAAUACAAGAGAGAGAUAAACCAGCUAAGGGAAAUAUUCAACAAAUCAACAUUACAGGAAGGAAAAAUAAAUCGAGAUAAGAGUCCAUACCCAGAAAGAGUUAACUACAGAAGUAGAGAAUCCAGCAGAAAUAGACAAUAUGGUAGAGACAGAUCACUUUCUAGAGAGAGACACUACUAUAAUAAUAUACAAAAUGAGACUAACACAAAUCAAGAUUAUGAAAGGAAACCAAGUUAUAGAUACGUUCAAAAAAAUUAUGAACACAGAGAUAAUUCACGUGAUAGAGAUCCUAACAUAAAUACAAACAACGGUAGAGGUUACAGAAACAGAUCACAUUCCAGAGAUCGAGACAAUUCUAGAGAGUACAAUUACAGCAACAGACAUCAAUACAGCAGAGAACAUAGUCGAGAAAAAACACCAGAACGAUACAGGGGAGAUCGCUAUAGUAAGGAAGCUGAAAGAAUUAUAUGUUAUAGAUGUGACGAAAAAGGUCACUAUGCAGAUAAGUGCACAAAUACAAAAAACUAA